AUCACUUGAAGUAUAAUGAUCAAGCAAGCGUUUUGCUUAAAAUCUUCGCAUAACUAAACUGUACUAAAAUUAAAAAUUUUAUUAUCAUUCGUUCAAAGGCGAGUGCGAUUGCUAAACAUGUACCGUUUCGAAAUAAAAAUGUUAACAAGCAAUACUUGUUAUUCUUAAUUAUUAAUUAAUAAACGCGAGAUCUUAUUCGCGGGGAUGAUAUAUACACUGACUAAUUACCGAGCAAUAAUAAAAGAGCCUAUCAACGGAAUCGAGUCCGAGACGUUUCAAGAAAACCAGUAUCUUCUCAGGAAGGCCUUGGCCCAAAAUGGGGUCUGUGGGCUUUUUCCUCAUUCGAUAGGACUACGUGCGAAUCGGAAUAAAAAAGGCAGUGUAUUAUUCAUAGUAAACAUAACGCUCUCACGCGAGAGCGAAGAGUUCCUCAUUAUUUCGCAGAUGGUGUUGUAUAAACAUUGACUAUAGUGUGUGAUAAUAUACGGCCGCCGAAGAUAACCUUUGGAUGCGUGGUGGUUUCUCCCGCGCGCGGAUAUAAAAGACGAAAAUUUUCGACGAGCUUCAUCAGACGACUGAACGAUUCGUCACUAGCAACAUGGCAAGCAAACUGGUAAUCUUGGCUCUGGCAGCCGUAGUCGUUUCGGCGGCAGCCUACAAGCACGAUAACGAGUACGACGGUCACGGUGGACACGGUGGACAGGGAGGUUUCGGAGGUCACGGAAGCCAGGGUGGUUUCGGAGGUGGUCACGGAAGCCAGGGUGGUUUCGGAGGUGGUCACGGAAGCCAGGGAGGUUUCGGUGGUGGUCACGGAAGCCAGGGAGGUUUCGGUGGUGGUCACGGAAGCCAGGGAGGUUUCGGAGGUGGUCACGGAAGCCAGGGAGGUUUCGGUGGUGGUCACGGAAGCCAGGGAGGCUUCGGAGGUCAAGGACAGGGACAUGGUGGCCAGGGAGGUUUCGGAGGUCACGGACAGGGACAUGGUGGACAGGGAGGUUUCGGAGGCCACGAACAGGGACAUGGUGGACACGGUGGACACGGUGGUUUCGGCCAUGGAAAUGGUCAUGGAGACCCCUACUAAACCGUCCAUUGAGACUUGAUGCCGUACGGAAAAUACUGAAUUCUGCCUGAAAGCCUAAUAUGUGAUGUUGUCAUCAUACUCGUGACUUCUAAUGAUGUAUUAUUUACCCAAUAGUGUGCGAAUGAUAUGAGAAAAAUCUCAUAGUGAUUGCAAUGAUGUGCAUCUUAUGUUGUGUAAAAAUAAAUCUGACUUUCAUAAUAGCAUAAUUUAUGAGCAAAUCUAAAA